UCGGGAUCCUCGUCUUGAUCGCCUUUCCGUUUACUGGCAAGCUGUUGCUUUCGAGGAUCGAAUAAUGCCCUCUGCCGCUCAUUCCUGGCUUCCUCUUCCAAAGUAUCGUAGAAGCCGGGGGCUGGCUGUUUCUCAAAAGGAAUAUCCGCAUUGUAAUCCAUCUGGCCCUUCUUUCGGCUGACGACUUUAAUGUUAACCCCGGCAUUUUUCAGCUCACGACGCUUUUGUAGAACCGCAAGGCGACGUGACUCUUCCAAUUGGCGCUCUCGAGCUUUCCGCUUGGCUUUCUUUCCUUGUGUAUUCGCGAGGCGAGCACGUGCCUCGCUAAGCAUCUCCUUUUCGUCCUCAUCGAGAUCGAUGGUAUCGGGGCGUGCGGGUUUAGAUUCGGGAUCGGGGUCCAAUUCGCCUGGCCUAAAGGAAAAAGAUUAGUGGCGAUUAGCGAUACAGGGAGAGAGUUUAUCGUACCGUAGUCUUCUGACAUCAUCAGCACUAGGGGCUGCAGUUUCACCUCCGGCAGGACCGCCUAGGCCCAGUUCAUCGGAUUCCCGGGCCUCUGCUUCAUCCAACAGCUUUUGAUAUCGUUCUAAGCAUUGGGUCGCCGUCCUUCCGACAAUAGGAGCGAUAGUUCGCCACUGAGUAGGCAUUAACUUGGCCAGAUGGAGUAGUUUUUCGUCUUCCUCUCGCGACCACUCGAUCUUCCGGAUAGCGGGGUCUAGCCAUUCUGACCAGCGUGCUUUGCAUUGUUUCGGCGUUUUCCUGGCAAGAAGGGAGGAUACUCGCGCCCACUGAUUCAGUCCAUAUUUGGACACAGCUACCUUAACGAUCUCAUCCUCAAUAUUCGUCCUGAUACGGGGAUUAGCGCGCGGGAACACAAGAUGAUGAGAAAAAAACGUAGUAGCUUACCAUACUCCGCCCUUGACGACUGGCAUCUUGACUGGCGACGUGAAUGACCAGGCUUGAGGUUGGUUGUUGCGCUAGCCAGCUGAAUGUUGUCGGGAAGCGUGCAAGAAGGAUGAAUGGCAAAGGAGUUUUGGCGCCUUUGACGCGCCUUUUUAGCGCCAUUGCCGCUAACCAAAUUGAUAAACCAACCAAACCCAAAAUUUCUUGUGUCGGGCGCUAUCUCAAAAGAAAUCUGCUAUUCCCUCCAACCCUUUUUCAGGACAGCAAUACGGGUUCUAGCUGACAAAAAUGGCGACUGCAAUCGAAGCACCUCAUCAAUACAAGCAACCUUCUCGAAAAGGGAAAAGGGCAUGGAGAAAACAUGUGGAUAUUACUGAAGUCGAUGCGGGCCUACAGCGAGUACGAGAGGAAGAAAUCGAAGGGGGUGUUAUUGCAGAAAAGCCUUCCGAGGACCUCUUCGUUCUAGACUCCAAAGGCUCAGACGAACUCCAACGAAAAGUGAAGAGUACAAAACCCUUGAAGUGUGAUGAGAUACUUGCCCGCCGUUCUGCAAUCCCUUCAGUUGACAGCCGCAAACGGGGAAGUUCUAAAGUUACAGAUGGGAUACUUGAACCAAAAAGCAAGCGGUCGAGGAGCGACUGGGUCACUCACAAAGAGUGGAUGCGGUUGAAGCAAGUUGCGAAAAAUGCAAAUAUUCAGGAACAAGAUGAUGACAAAAGAAUAUCGCAUGACCCUUGGGAUGAGGACAACACUCCUGAACCUGCAGAGCAAACGAAAUUAAAUUUCCUUGAGAAGCCCAAACCAAUCGUCGUACCUCCAACAACAAAACUCCCAUCCCUUUCAUUGGCAGCCAACGGAAAGCCUGUGCCAUCGAUCAAAAAGCCAGAUCCCGGAAUAAGUUAUAACCCGACAUUUGAAGACUGGGACCGUCUUCUAACCGAGGAGGGUCAAAAAGAAGUUGACGCGGAGAAGAAGCGUCUAGAAGAGGAAAAGGCAGAACAAGAGAGAUUAGCGCGAAUCGAAGCUGCCAAAGAUGACAGCGGAGAGGCACAGUCAGACGACGAGAGUGCCUGGGAGGGCUUUGAGAGUGAAUAUGAGACCCCUGAGUGGCUUAAGAAAAAGAGGCCCGAGCGGAAAACCAGGGCUCAACGCAAUAAGAUAAAGAGGAGAAAGGAGGCUGAGAGGAAAGCGAAAUGGGAGGCGAAGCUUAAAAAACGAGAAGAACAAGCUGCUCAAGUGAAAGCGAUAGCUGAAGCGGUCGCAGCGAAAGAAGAAGCUGCAAAACAGCUGCAGAAAGCAGAGGAUGACUCAUUAGUAGAAGGGGACGAUAGAUUUCUACGGAAGAGACCUUUUGGGAAAAACCCGGUUCCUGCCAAACCAUUGGAGGUCGUUUUACCGGAUGAACUGCAAGACUCUCUACGUUUAUUGAAGCCCGAGGGCAAUUUACUCGGAGACAGGUUCCGGAAUCUCAUCGUUCAAGGCAAACUUGAAGCGAGAAAUCCAAUUACGCAACCGAAGAAGGCGAAGAGGGAUUAUACAGAGAAAUGGACUUACAAGGACUUCAUAAUUAAACCAUAGAUUAAUGAGCUAAUUGGCGUUUUAUGGAGUUUUGACAAUAUGAAUUCUAGAGAUUUAAUGCUAUUAUCAUGGCCCUUUUUUGUACUGUGGAGGAGUAACUUGGCCUUUUAAUAUAUUAUUUAAUAUUUGACAUCAUGGCUCUCUGUUUGCUCUGUUUGCAGAAAUGCGCCGGAAACUUUAAAAAUGCUAGAUUCACU